CCCUAUGGAUGGGAGAUGACUGCGAACCGGGAUGGCCGAGACUGCUUCAUCAAUCACAUGACACAGGGCAUCCCAUUCGACGACCCUCGGUUGGAGAGCUGCCAAAUCCUCCCUCCGGCCCCUCGGAGGGUGGAGAUGAGGAGGGACCCUGUGCUAGGGUUUGGUUUCGUGGCCGGCAGUGAAAAGCCAGUAGUCGUUCGCUCCGUAACACCAGGUGGCCCCUCCGAAGGCAAGCUGAUCCCGGGAGAUCAGAUCGUAAUGAUUAACGAUGAGCCAGUCAGCGCUGCGCCGAGGGAGCGGGUCAUCGACCUGGUCAGAAGCUGCAAAGAAUCGAUACUCCUCACUGUUAUUCAGCCUUACCCUUCUCCCAAGUCAGCAUUUAUUAGUGCUGCAAAAAAGGCAAGAUUAAAGUCCAAUCCAGUCAAAGUGCGGUUCUCCGAGGAGGUCAUCAUCAAUGGCCAAGUGUCGGAAACUGUUAAGGAUAAUUCACUUCUUUUUAUGCCAAAUGUUUUGAAAGUGUAUCUGGAAAAUGGGCAGACCAAAUCAUUUCGCUUUGACUGCAACACCUCCAUAAAGGAUGUCAUCUUGACUCUUCAAGAGAAGCUUUCCAUCAAAGGCAUUGAACACUUCUCCCUCAUGCUGGAGCAGAGGACGGAAGGGGCCGGAACCAAGCUGCUCUUGCUUCAUGAACAGGAGACUCUAACUCAGGUGACACAGCGGCCCAGUUCCCAUAAGAUGAGGUGUCUUUUCCGAAUUAGCUUCGUCCCAAAGGAUCCAAUUGACCUUUUAAGGAGAGAUCCAGUUGCUUUCGAAUAUCUCUAUGUUCAGAGCUGUAACGACGUCGUGCAGGAGCGGUUUGGGCCUGAGCUGAAAUACGACAUAGCCCUGCGGCUGGCGGCUCUGCAAAUGUACAUCGCAACCAUUACCACCAAGCAAACGCAGAAGAUCUCUCUCAAAUACAUCGAAAAAGAAUGGGGAUUAGAGACUUUUCUUCCCUCUGCUGUGCUGCAAAGCAUGAAAGAGAAGAACAUAAAGAAAGCACUUUCACACCUUGUCAAAGCAAAUCAAAACUUGGUACCACCGGGUAAAAAGCUCUCUGCACUGCAAGCCAAGGUCCACUAUCUCAAGUUCCUCAGUGACCUUCGACUGUAUGGGGGUCGUGUGUUCAAGGCAACAUUAGUGCAGGCGGAAAAGCGCUCGGAAGUGACCCUCCUGGUUGGGCCCCGAUACGGCAUAAGCCACGUCAUAAACACCAAAACCAAUCUGGUGGCUCUUUUAGCCGACUUCAGCCACGUCAACAGAAUCGAGAUGUUUACCGAGGAGGACAGCUUGGUGCGGGUGGAGCUGCACGUGCUGGAUGUGAAGCCCAUCACACUCCUGAUGGAAUCAUCAGAUGCCAUGAACCUGGCCUGCUUAACUGCUGGCUACUACCGGCUACUUGUGGAUUCCAGGAGGUCAAUAUUUAACAUGGCCAACAAGAAAAAUACAGGAACCCAGGAAACAGGAACUGAAAAUAAAGGAAAGCAUAACCUCCUUGGCCCCGAUUGGAACUGUAUACCCCAGAUGACGACCUUUAUUGGCGAAGGGGAGCAAGAAGCCCAAAUAACAUAUAUAGAUUCAAAACAGAAGACGGUCGAUAUUUCGGAUGGCACCUUGUGUCCCAAAGACCACCGGCACCUGUAUAUAGACAACACCUAUAAUCCAGACGAACUCAACCAGCCGCUGACCCAGCCGGGGGAUGCUCCAUGUGAGGCCGACUACAGGACUCUAGCUCAGCGGUCCCUGUUGACCCUCUCAGGACCAGAAACACUAAAGAAAGCCCAGGAGUCUCCGAGAGGAGCUAAAGUGUCCUUUAUUUUCGGAGAUCUCGCCUUGGAUGAUGGCAUGAAUCCCCCGACUCUCGGCUACGAUAGACUAUUGGAGGAGAGCCCAGAACUGCUGGAGAAGCAGAGGAAUCUCUACAUCGGCAGUGCCAAUGACAUGAAGGGCCUGGAUCUCGCUCCUGAUGCUGAGAGCAUCCAGUUUGUGGCAAAUUCCGUUUAUGCAAACAUAGGUGAUGUCAAAAACUUCGAGGCUGCCGAGGGGAUAGAGGAGCCCCUCCUGCACGACAUCUGUUACGCAGAAAACACCGACGAUGCAGAGGACGAGGAUGAGGUGAGCUGUGAGGAGGACCUCGUGGUGGGAGAGAUGAACCAGCCAGCCAUCCUCAACCUGUCUGGGUCAAGCGAUGACAUCAUUGACCUCACGUCCCUGCCCCCUCCAGAAGGGGAUGACAAUGAGGAUGACUUCCUGUUACGUUCCUUGAACAUGGCCAUCGCCGCACCCCCACCUGGCUUUCGAGAUAGUUCAGAUGAGGAGGACUCCCAGAGCCAGGCAGCCUCCUUCCUCGAGGACAAGGAGCCAGGCAGAAGUCUGCAAAGUGACGAGAUCCCCGUGUCCCUCAUUGACGCUGUUCCCACCAGCGCUGAGGGCAAGUGUGAGAAGGGCCUGGAUAACACCGUGGUUUCCACGCUGGAAGCUCUAGAAGCUCUGUCCGUGUCAGAAGAACAGCAGACCAGUGACAAUUCAGGUGUAGCCAUCUUGCGGGCUUAUAGUCCCGAGUCUUCGUCAGACUCGGGCAAUGAGACUAACUCUUCUGAAAUGACUGAGAGCUCUGAACUGGCCACAGCACAGAAGCAGUCAGAAAGCCUCUCCCGCAUGUUCUUGGCCACUCACGAAGGCUACCACCCCCUUGCAGAGGAGCAGACCGAGUUCCCCACUUCCAAAACCCCUGCCGGGGGCUUGCCUCCCAAGUCCUCCCACGCCCUGGCCACCCGCCCAGUGACUGACCUCCCGCCCAAAGUUGUGCCUUCCAAGCAGAUCCUUCACCCAGACCCCAUGGAGAUGGAGCCUGAAACCAUGGAGACCAAGUCGGUCACCGACUAUUUUAGCAAACUGCACAUGGGGUCGGUGGUGUAUUCCUGCACCAGCAAAAGGAAAAGCAAGCUGGCCGAUGGGGAGGGGAAGGCAGCCCCUAGUGCAAACAUGCCAGGGAAAAAGCAGCAGGGGACCAAAACGGCCGAGGCAGAGGAGGAAGCCAAAGGUAAAUUUGGUACUGUGUCUUCAAGGGACAGUCAACACCUAAGCACUUUUAACCUGGAAAGAACUGCCUUUCGCAAGGACAGCCAAAGAUGGUACAUGGCCGCUGAGGGGGCGGUGGCCGAGCAAAGUGGAUUGGAAGCGGCAACGGGGAUAACGUUUCCGAGAGCUUCUGGUCUGGGGACAAGGGAGGCGGAAGAGAAGGAUGAAGGGGCUCCUGAUGGAGAAACCAGUGAGGUUUCAGCACUUGGCCAACGGGACCACUUCUUAACUGACGUGACCUGUGUAUCUUCAGCCAAAGACUUAGAUAACCCCGAGGAUACUGACCCGUCCACCUGUGACCAUCCUUCCAAGCUUCCCGAGGCGGAAGAGAGCGUGGCCCGCCUCUGUGACUACCACUUGGCCAAGCGGAUGUCGUCGUUACAAGGCGAGUGCCAUUUUUCUCUACAGAGCUCUCAAGGCUCGUCAGUGGAGGCGGGCUGUGGUACCUGUGCCGCACCUGUGGAGUCCCCACUCUGCCCCGCUAUGGGGAAGCACCUGAUGCCCGAGACUUCGGGGAAAGGCAUGAGUUACGUUCCUUCUGAGGAGAGAGCCGCUGGGCUGCCCGCCCACGGAGCCACCUUUAAGGAAUUACACCCCCAGACGGAAGGGAUGUGUCCGCGGAUGACAGUGCCCGCCCUGCACACAGCUAUUAAUGCGGAACCCCUGUUUGGCACUUUGAGAGAUGGAUGUCAUCGACUCCCCAAGAUUAAGGAAACCACAGCUUUGACAGAGCCUGGGAAGGAGAGACGAGGAGGCAUGCCUUCAGCUUGGUCUCGACAUCCUGAAGCUGAUCCCAUCCUGCUACCAUCAAACAUUCACUCGGAAUCAAAGGUGCCAAUUCCAAAUCAAGACCCUAAUGAUUUCUCCCAAGCAAAUCUGGCAUACGGAGAGGCUGUGAACUGGCGGCCACUGGAUCUGAGAGGGGGGAGCCUCGGAACACCCCCCAGCCAGAGGGCUCUGAGGCGUAGCAGCAGUAUCCUCUUGGGAUCUGUAGGUUUGGAGACCUUCCAAGAGAGAACCAAGGGUGCGGUCAGCUUAAAGUGUCCAGGUGUCACGGAAGCCCAGGAGGCCAGCUCGGAAAGGCGAGCAGAACUCCCCCUGGGGAAGAAGCUCACCAAAAGUUUUUCCCAAAGCUCGAUGUUCUUUAGCUCUGAGGGGAAAGUUCACAAAAGGUCCCCGGUGGCUCACAAAGACUCAAAGCUGUAUAGGACAUUACCCCUGCGCAAGCUGGAAGGCAGCAAUUGGAGAUGCCGGGGACCUUUCAGCUACUGCUUCCUGAACCGAGGGCAGGAUGAAGACGGCGAUGAGGAUGAAGAGGAGGGAGAGGCCACACGCCAGGUCUCUUGCCUCUUUCGACCACAGAUGACUCAAGCCAUGCCAGAACCAAUCAGCCCACCUCUGGCUGUUGGGAUUCGGAAGCAAGGAGGGGAGCUGACCAGAGGGUCAGUGCUGAAGGUCUGGGCAGACGACCUGACUGGCCCAGAGGAUGCGGACUUUAGCAACCUGGCCUUCGAUGCCCGGAUUGCAAGAAUCAAUGCCCUAAAAGAGAGCACGUAUGCAAUGCCUGAUGGGUUCCUUGCAGCCCAAAACGAUGCCAAUGAGUUGCUCUGCCUUGUCAGGGCAACAAAGGGGAAGAGAGAGGAGUCACGCCCUGAAGCAUAUGACCUUACGCUUUCUCAGUACAAGCAGCUGUUGUCCAUCGAGUCCAGACAGUUGGGAAGUGCCUGUAGGAAACUGGCGAUGGCCGAGAAAAGCCCAGAGGAGAUGCUCCUAGCUAUGACUUCCAGCUUUCAAGUGCUCUGUUGCCUAACGGAAGCUUGCAUGCGAUUAGUGAAGGUCGUGAACUCAGAAACACAGCGGCAGGAAAUCGUAGCAAAGAUCAAUGAAGUGGUCAUAAACUAUAUUUGUCUCCUGAAAGCUGCAGAGGCAGCCACUGGAAAGACCAGUGGGGAUCCUAAUGUUGGACUCUCGGCGCGACAUUUAACCACCAUGGCCGCCCUCGUAAGCACACUAAUGCGUUCUCUCAAGAUGCUUUUAAAUAAAUAA